CUUGCCAUGGCUGACCAACAUACUUCGAACCCAACUUCCCACAAACACACCAAUCGCCUCGCUGCCGAGCACAGUCCUUAUCUCCUUCAACACGCCCACAACCCGGUUGAUUGGUAUCCAUGGGGUGAAGAGGCUUUCGCUGAAGCUCGAAAGAGAGAUGUGCCCAUUUUCUUAUCAAUCGGGUACAGCACAUGCCAUUGGUGUCAUGUUAUGGAGGUCGAGUCUUUUGAGGAUGAAGGCAUUGCCAAGUUGCUGAAUGAGUGGUUUGUUAGUAUUAAGGUGGACCGGGAGGAAAGACCAGAUGUGGAUAAGGUAUACAUGACAUAUGUACAGGCUCUGUAUGGUGGUGGAGGCUGGCCACUGACUGCAUUCCUUUCCCCAGAUUUAAAACCUUUGAUGGGUGGAACUUACUUUCCCCCAGAGGACAAGUAUGGAAGACUAGGAUUUAAGACAAUACUUGGAAAGGUGAAAGAAGCCUGGGAGACCAAGAGGGAUGCGCUUGUUAAGAGUGGAGCCUUUGCUAUUGAACAGUUGUCAGAAGCCUUGUCAACGAGUGCAAGUUCUAAAAAAUUGUCAGAUGGGGUUCCAAAGAAUGCUUUGCGUCUAUGUGCUGAGCAACUUUCUCAAAGUUAUGAUUCGAAGUUUGGUGGGUUUGGAUCAGCCCCAAAGUUUCCUAGACCGGUUGAGAUUCAGCUGAUGCUUUAUUAUUCAAAGAAGUUGGAGGAGACUGGAAGUCCUGCCAAUGCCGAUGAAGUUGUGAGACAGGUUCUCUUCACCUUACAAUGUAUGGCAAGAGGGGGAAUUCACGAUCACGUAGGAGGUGGCUUCCACCGAUAUAGUGUGGAUGAGUGCUGGCAUGUACCACACUUUGAGAAGAUGUUGUAUGAUCAAGGCCAACUUGUUAAUGUCUUCCUAGAUGCAUUUUCUAUCACCAAAGAUGUAUUCUAUGCAUCUAUUGCUCGGGAUGUUCUUGAUUAUCUGAGGAGAGAUAUGAUUGGACUAGAAGGCGAAAUAUAUUCAGCUGAAGAUGCUGAUAGUGCUGAAUCUGAAGGUGCUACUAGGAAAAAGGAAGGAGCAUUCUAUGUUUGGUCUAGCAAAGAGGUUGAAGAUAUAAUUGGGGAAGAUGCAACACUUUUUAAGAACCACUAUUACAUAAAGCCUUCAGGUAACUGUGACCUCUCUAGAAUGAGUGAUCCUCAUAAUGAAUUUAAGGGUAAGAAUGUGCUCAUUGAGAGAAAAAGUGAAUCUGAGGCAUCAAAAUUUUCUAUGGCGGUUGAGAAAUACCUCGAUAUUCUGGGUCGGAGCAGGCAAAAGCUGUUUGAAAUAAGAUGUAGUCGACCGAGACCACAUUUGGAUGACAAGGUAAUUGUAGCAUGGAAUGGACUGGCCAUCUCAGCCUUUGCAAGAGCUUCUAAAAUUCUGAAGAAUGAACCCAAGGAGAUCAAAUUUAACUUCCCUGUUGUUGGUUGCGAUCCACGGGAGUACGUUGAAGUUGCAGAAAAGGCAGCAUCUUUUAUCAGGCGACACCUUUACAAUGAGCAUUCUCAUAGACUGCAACGCAGCUUCAGGAACGGCCCAUCUAAAGCACCUGGAUUUUUAGAUGAUUACGCUUUUCUUAUUUCAGGAUUAUUGGAUCUUUAUGAAUUUGGUGGUCAAACCAGCUGGCUAGUUUGGGCAAUUGAACUGCAAGAAAUGCAGGAUGAAAUAUUUCUUGAUAAAGAGGGAGGCGGCUAUUUCAAUACCCCAGGUGAUGACCCCAAUGUUCUCCUUCGUGUGAAGGAAGAUCAUGACGGGGCAGAGCCCUCCGGAAACUCGGUUUCUGUGAUCAACCUUGUGAGACUGGCAUCCUUACUAUCUGGCAACAAGUCUGAGCAUUACAGACAGGAAGCUGAACAUGUUCUGGCGGUCUUUGAGAAGAGAUUAAAGGACAUGGCCAUGGCAGUACCCUUAAUGUGUUGUGCCUCUGACAUGCUCACUGCCCCUUCUCGGAAGCAAGUUGUCUUGGUUGGCCAGAGAAGUGAUGAGUUUGAGACCAUGCUGGCUGCAGCUCAUGCGUCAUAUGAUACCAACAAAACAGUUAUUCACAUAGAUCCAACAAAUUCAGAAGAGAUGCAAUUCUGGGAAGACAAAAACAGCAACAUCGCUCUGAUGGCAAAGAGUCAUUUUGCCGCAGACAAAGUGGUUGCUCUUGUCUGCCAAAACUUUACUUGCAGUCCGCCUGUAGCUGAGGCUGGAUCCCUGCAGGCUCUUCUCUCCCAGAAAUUAGUCCAUCCUGCUUGAGUUGGAUUCGAGUAGAGAAUUCUGAUGAGGAUACUAAAUAGGUUUCUGUUCGUUCGGAUAUUGCACUAGUAAGUUUAUAUAUAGAAGAUACAGGUUCUCGG